CAUGUCUAAGGGGUACAAUUUCAUAUGUUUGGCAAUCACAUUGCUGCAAAGUAAAUGGUGUGUAAGAUUUGAGGGUUUGACGCCUAUCUACAAUUCCGCCGCAAGAGGAAGCGAUGCAUUAUGGCUUAGCUGGGAUACACGACUGAAACUGUGAGCGAGAGAAACUGCUUUUACAGUUAUUGCACAGCGUCCUCUACAAACAAUCUUUCUGAAUUGACUUGCUGCCAUGCCAGUGCACCGUGACCGGGAGAAGAAGGAGAGCACUGCAGAGGAGAUGGAGGUGGAAGAGCAGGAGCAUGAGGCAACCACCUCGGAGGAAGAGGACUCAGACACCUCCUCUGUCUCUGAGGAUGGAGACACUUCUGAAAUGGAUGAGGAGGAUUGCGAGCGAAGGAGAAUGGAGUGCCUUGAUGAAAUGUCCAACCUUGAGAAACAAUUCACAGAUCUCAAAGACCAGCUGUAUCGUGAGCGUCUCAGUCAGGUGAACAGCAAGCUGGAAGAGGUGGAGGCUGGCCGGGCGGCUGAAUAUCUGGAGCCUUUGGCAGUUCUGCUGGAAAACAUGCAGGUCCGCACAAAGGUGGCAGGUAUCUACAGGGAGCUGUGUUUGGAGUCUGUGAAGAACAAGUAUGAGUGUGAGACACAGGCAGCAUGCCAACACUGGGAGAGUGAGAAGCUGCUGCUGUUCGACACAGUACAGAGUGAGCUGGAGGAGAAAAUCAGACGCCUGGAAGAGGACAGACACAGCAUUGAUAUUACAUCAGAGUUGUGGAAUGACGAGUUAUCAGGAAGGAAGAAGAGGAGAGAUGCGUUGAGUCCAGAUAAGAAGAGGAGACGACCUUCAGUGGUGUCUGGUCCAUAUAUAGUUUACAUGCUGCCUGACCUCGACAUCCUGGAGGACUGGACUUCAAUCAGAAAGGCCGUGGCUACGUUGGGUCCACACAGAGGGAAGGUGGACACUGACAGCCCUGUGUUCCCCUUCAGAUCGGACAGAAACAGAUCCAUUCUCAACUGCUGAGGAACACAUGCAUACACAAACAUACACACUAACACACACAGACAGAAUUUAAGAAGCAGACAUAUGAGGACCUCAAACACACACACACACAUUAAACACAAACAUGCGUGACAUAAAUGGUUGCAUUCACUUCUGCAGGUAUCAAAAAUGCACACAGCUGAACAUUUCUCUCGAUCUUCCUACAAUGCACUGCAUCCCUCUGCUAACAGAGACACCAGUCGGUAAGCUGCCUCCCGUGCCAACAGGAAAUAAGAACUCCAGGUCUGAUUCCCUGAAGAGGACAAACAGGAAUGGAAAAGUUGUUUCCGCCAACAUGUUUGUUCUGUUCCGACUUUACUUUUUUAGUUAUUUUUCACACCCUUUUAAAGAUUUCUAUUAUAACAGAUGAUUACAAGCAAAUUAAGGGUCAAAUUGUAGAAAUGGAAUACAAUACUUACCAUAAAGGAAAAUCUGAGAGACUAUGGAAGCCCGGAAUGGACAUGCAUCCACACAUUUUAUCUACUUUGUUUUUUUAUAUGGUCAUAACCCUAGAGUAAAAGCAAAAAAACAAACAGAAAUAGUCUUAGCAUGCCUCAUGGCAGCAUGGCAUGAUGCGGUCUGGCCUAUCACAGUGAACAGCUGUUUUCUAGAUCCCUAGAAAAUGAUCCUGUUAUUGUGAGUAAAUAAGCUUUGUUAUCUCUUGAUAAUAAAAUAAGGUUGUCCAUUAUAACAGGAAGACCAGCUGUCUUAUUCUGGGAUCACCAGAAAGAUAAGUCCAGAACCUGGAAUUACCUAUCACUUAAAACAGUAGAUAAAAUGUAUGGAUGCACGUCUUCUUAAGGCUUUCCUAAUACCACAAAGUCAAGCUGCAGAAGUUUUUAAAGCCCCUUAUUCCAGUUUUCAUUACAUUUCAUUUAUUAUUUAAAUAAUCACGUUCUCCAGAUGAGUAUUUUCAGUGUGUAAGAGCCACUGAUGCAACACUGAAGCAUCAGUAAAACACAAAGAGCCCCUUUAAAGUAAUAACUGAACAGGUAUUACUCUUAUAUUCUCUUAAAUCAUCUACCUCUUCUCUCCGUCGCCCACUCUUUAAAAUGAAACACCGUCUGCAUUAUGAGCGUCCUGCUAAGAGUUCACUUCUUCCUCUCAGAGUGUUACUGGUUUGUAUGACUGUUUUUUGUAAGGACUUUUGAAAAGCUUGCUGUGAUUACAACUAAUUUUACAGACAGUGAAACCAUGUUUUAUGUUUUUUAUCCCAACAUUGAAUCUUCAAAAGCUCAACCCAGUGUUUGUAAAAGAUGAUGAACAAAGCUGUCGUUUCAUAGGAGAGAUUUUAUAAACAGAGGUUCUUGAAGAUAAAGAUGGAGGGAGUGCAUCAUUUUCAAAUCAAUAUUUUUGAAGGUUUAUUUUGUAUACUGUGUCAGGUACAUUUGUGUCCUUCUUGUGGAUAAUGUUUUUUACAAUUAAAAGUUGUGUUACGAACA